AUGUGUGGCACGCGACCGACCAAAAGCGGUGGCUGGAACGUCACGCCCCGGUCCUCCACCAACGUUCCCUUCUCUAUGAGCCUUGCCCUUGCUUAUAAGCUCGGCUCUAUCAGCCCCAGUGCCUUGGGAGCGUGCAAAGGUAUCCUGGACGCAGUCCCUCCCCUACGGCUACUCCCACUCCCCCAACACCAGCGAGCCGUUUUCAUGCCGAGUCUAGGUGAAGGACGCUCUGAUUGA